AUUGUGGCCAUCCAACAAUACAAAUAAUCACUACUGAAUACUUCAUUCAUCCCUCCGCCACCCUCUUGUAUUUUUUUGGGCAUCCAAAGGGCUGCAUUCUUCUCUCUGCAAGACGCAAAUAAGCGACCAACCUGGCUUUGGGAGCUUUGGCAGCCCAUCUGACUUUACCCUGACACGUUGGAAACCAGCCCCAGUAUUACUCGCUUUAGUGCGAUUCUCUUUUUUCGCCGCAGCCAUCCGUCUCUUACACACACACCCACCACCUCGACUACACAACCCUCAUCGACAUCACCGCCUGGAUGCAGCAUCCACCUGACGACGGUCGUGCAAGGGGCGCUGGCGAUCAAAUUGAAUUACAACCGCCCUCCAUGGACCGCGGCCGCAGCAGCAUCCCUCGCGGGCGCGGCGCAAAGAAACGUGCCACGCUUCCGUCUCACUCCCAUUCUCACUCUUACUCGUCACAUCAGACACUCCCUUUUUCAGACACGGUCGCACCAAGCACUCCUGAGCCUUCCAACAUCCCUCCCCCAAACAGGGUGCCAUCUACUGCACCGCAGCGAGGGGGUAGACUCGGUGCCCGCCAGGCCAACAACACGCCAACAUCCUAUCGCGCCUCGUCUCCCGCGACUGACCGGGCUGACCGGGCUGAUCGUCCAGUUCGCAGUUCCACAUUUCCUUCCUUUUCCUUCGACGUCGAGUCGCCACCGGCAGCAGGCUCUAUCAUGGCUGCCCACGGCCCUGCGCGGAAGAGGUCAAGGACCUUUGAGGCGUCCUAUGAGGGCGCCGCCGAUGAUGAGGGUCAUUCGAAAGGCGGCCAUUCUUUGCGGAAGCGUGCCCGUAUCGAUUACACGCAGGAGAUGAUUGAUGACGACCUCGGUCUGCCUACAGCUAAGAACGACUUGGUCGUCAAACCCGCUGCUACCCCCGGCGCUCGCACCCGCAAGAGGAAAGGCGGCCAUGACGACUCCGGCGAUGAAUCAGAAGACGUCGCCUCAAACCCCAGUAAGCGCCACCGCAUCGACAAGUCUCCAGUGCCGCCUCGAAUGCCUCUGGCUCGCCGCCGCAACCCAUCCAAGAAGUUGUCCGCGGAUCUCACACCUUAUGUCGACCAACCAUCCGACAAUGAGGUACAAGAUACAAUUCUUGUCAGCGUGCCCAACACCGGCCCGACACCCCUGUCGGAGGCAUCCGAGAAUUCCUCGUUGCAGGAUCCCGAGUCGCGUCCGAGCUCUUCAGGUGAGAGCGACGCUGCCCGCGUUCAAGUGCAGCCGCCGACGCCCCCGGCACAGCCGUCCCAGCCAAUCGAGGACGCCAUGUCUAUCGUGGCGGAAGGUGACGAGGCGAUUGAGGAUGCCAUCGUCCCCGAUCAUUCUUACGACCAACCUCAGCCUCAGCUCUCCCCGACCCCUCUUUCACUCGUAACUGGUAGGGAGGCCGAGAAAGCAGAGCCGACUACUGAAAAUGAGGCGAUCAAGUCAGACGACUUUGAGUCCGCCGUUAUGCAAGACCGCGAGACCGCCCUUCCAGAACCCCUCGACGGCCAAAUCAACGAGGCUGGCCGUGAGGAGCAGAGCUCGCCCCAACAAUCACCCAAACGGGAUGGGACGUCCCCGGAAGCAUCAACAACGAAACUUGAAAUCCCAAAGCUCGGUCAGGUCCUCGCCCUUACAUCAAGAGUGACCUCCGCGGCGCCUCAGGCUUCGCAAGCGGUGGCACCUGCGCUCCCCGUUUCUCUCCCAGCGUUACUCCUGGGGUCAAAGCCGACAGGACCUGCAAGGGUCAAGGCGCUAGAGCCCAUUUACGGUGCCGAAGUUCCAUUCGCAUCUCAUCUGAAGCUGACACCAUAUGAAAAAGAGGAUAUUCCUCUCCCGGGCCCGUACACGGAGUGGGUGCACCCAGUCCAAACUGUCAAGGGGGAGCCUACCCCUCUCGCAACCCCUACGCCUGUUCCCUCCCCUCUGGAGAGGAAGCCUACCGGCACUGAAUGGAACCCAAACCGCCCUUUGAAGUACAGCGAGUUCAUUGUUCUUUACAGCAAGGAAACAAAACGGAGACAAGAGAAGGGGGAAAAACCCAUCUCAAUGCGGGCAUUUAAUAACGAAUGCGCUCGCCGGUACAAGUCCGCCCACGCCCAAACAUCUGCCUCACCUACCUCGAUAUCAACUCCAGAAUCCACAGCUAGUUCCACGGUCGUGGCCAGGACACCGACACUCAUGACCACCGCUUCCGUUGAGGAACCAGCCCUUCGAGACUCACAGCCGGUUGAAUCUCGCCCUCCCACCGCGGCCCCCUCGCCCGCUCCUGUUGAUGACGCCAUGGGCCAGGAUGACGUACCGGAGGACGAACAAGAUGCAGACGAGCCGAUGGAUGAUCAGGUCAAGGCGGACAGCCCUGGCGAGCCCGUGGAGGUGACGCGGAAUCCGCACACGCAAUACCUAUUCCCCAAGAUUCGCGAUUCCAACGAUUUCGCCGAGGCGUUUGAGGGGUGGCAAGGCUUCUCCAAUGAGCGCCUCUACGAGACCGUCGCUGCAGCGGUGGAAACCUUGCACACGUACCAGCAGGAAUACAAUGAGCUCAAGAAGCUCUUGGACGACGAAGAUAAUGCGAAGCGCCGCCGGGCCCACGACAAGACCGUCAUUAACUGGGAGAAUCGCCAAAAGGCAGACGAACCACUACCCCCUCGGCGCCAUUUCGACGACCCGGUCAAAGGCCCGGCCCCAUUUGAGGUACGCGGAAUACGCGCUCCUCGCCCCUACGUCGACGACCCCCUGCUGGAGCAGCAGAAGGAGGAGGACCGUGUCAUGGCCCACGCGUACGGCUUCAAGCUCAACACCCACCCUACCCAGGUUGGCCGGCAGAACCCGGAGGAGCAGCGGUGGGAGAUGCCCGAGAACCGACUGCGAAAGAGGACGGAAAAGGGGGCAGAGCUUGCCGAGGAGAACGUCGUCGAAGGGAAGCGAACCAGGAAGCCGCGCCACGUCUCGGACCAGAGCCAGGAUCCGAGCCGGGCCGGCACACCGACAGGUAUUGCUGUGUUUGGUCCCGGGCGCCGCCAAAGAAGAAAGCCCGCCGCCGCCACUGGGGACGACUUGGACGGGCUGGAGCAAGGCCAUUUCGCCGAGAGCUUUUCGGAAUCCCCCCGAAAAGGGCGCGCUGCACGUGCACGCGCCGCCGUGCUACUAGAUGAACGAGACCAGAUCGCCCCAGGCGCCGGAGCGGACGGCAACCGGACAGAAGACGAGGAACGGGAUGCGGAGAAGCCCAAGGCCACGCGCAGGCGCGGCAGGGGUGCACUGUCUGUGCCGGAGCCACCAACGUCGGUACCUGUUGGGUUCGGCGGCGAGGCUGGCAAGCCGAAACGCGCCCGUAACGGGAAAGGGUUGCAGCCAAGCCACCAAGCCGGCGGCGAGAUGGUCAGCUCGUCCUUCUACAGCAACGCCUCGACGCAGCCCGAUUCGAGGCCGUCGACCUCGUCGUCCAACGGCACGGCCCACACGGCCGAGACGACCGAGUCGACAUACUCGCUGCGGGAGAAGCGGAAGCGCAACUUUGCGCUCGAGAAUGACCCGGAGCUGGAAACCCGCGCCCAGCGGCGGAACCGGGGCGCGGCUGUUCAAAAGCCGAACGGUGCCGCGACCGUGCCGAAGAAACGGGGGCCGAGGAAGAAGGAACCGGUCGCCCAAGCACCACCACCCCCGGCUUCCGUUCCGUCACCUUCUCCACGCCCGGCCAGCCCCCCGCCGCUGCAGCCGCCAGUGGCCACAAAGUUUUACCACAACUUCGUGACCGGCCCCAUGGUGGUGGAUGCGGGCAACGGUUCCCAACCCGCGGCCACACAGGCGGGUCCGUACAUGCACACGUUCAACGCGGCACCCGCAUUCGUCGCCGGCACCCACCCCCCGCCACCUCCUCCCCCGUUGGUGAAGAAGCCCAUCACCAAAAUCAAGCUGACCAACCACGGGGCUUCUUCGUCGGCUCCCUCGCGGGCAUCGACGCCGUCCAACGGGGCGUCUGGCGCCAAGCCAAAGCGACCGCGUGGCAAAAAGGCUGCUGCGGCGAACGAGGCUCAGCUGGGCGCGGCGGCAAACGGGGACGGCGACCUCGACAAGCCGUACGCGGAGAUGACCAAGUCGGAGAAGAUGAGCUGGUCCAUGAGGAGACGGUGGGCUUCGGGCGAGAUGCAAGGGGCCGUGGAGAAGCGGCGCACGACGCUGGCCAACAAGAAGGCCGAGAAGGCGGCGGGCAACCCCAACGCCGACGGCAGCGAUCCGAACGGGAUGGGCCAGAUGACAGACUCUGGGUCUGCGGGGCCGUCGGACCCGACCACGCCGGCCUCGAUGCACGGCCAGCCUGGCUCCGGGUUGCUGGCUCUGCCCCAGGGCCCGCCCAUGAUGCUGCAGCACCCCCAGCCGCACCCGGGGUUCCUGCAGCAGCCGUCGUACCUCUAUGCGAUGCCGCAUGGGCCACCUCCUCCUGGGCCGCCACCGGGACCGAUGCCUUGAAAGUUUUAAGACAUCACAUUUGGGGGGGGCCUGCUGGCAGGCGACAAGAUUGGGUUUCAAUAUGGAAGAUGGCGGCGUUGGAAAUCGAAGCAUUUGCGAAAAGUUGGGCAGUUUAUCAUGAUCUUUUUUGUUGCGCAGGGGACGGGUUGUGGCUGUAUACAGAGUGAUUGCGUUGUUUUCUUUUUGCUUUUCUUUUUCUUUUUCUCGUUUUUCUUCUCUGGACUGGACAUUUUCCCCUGGCCGAGAAAAAGCAGGCCGCAUGGUUCUUUGUAUGCUAGGAUAGCAUGGCACUCUGGGCAUUGGGACGGAGCAUGUCUUCUGCAUUUGCAUGGCGCUCACGGUGCAUGGUUAGAUUGCGGACAUUGGGAAUAUGAGUUUGGCGUGGUUCGUUUGCAUUUACGCACGUACUUAAUACCUACUUAGUAUUGCUGCUGGGUAUCGCGAAGGGCAUAGGAAUACAACAUUGGUCCUUCGAA